AUGGCGCUCAACAAUUUCCUCUUCGCGCAGUGCGUCUGCUACUUUCUGGCCAUCUUGUUCAGCUUCGCGGUGGUGGUGCCAUUGUCUGAGAACGGCCACGACUUUCGUGGCCGCUGCCUACUCUUUACCGAGGGUAUGUGGCUGAGUGCCAACCUGACGAUGCAGGGGCGGGAGCGCUUCACGGUGCAGGAGUGGGGCCCACCGGCUGCUUGCCGCUUCAGCCUGCUCGCCAGCCUCCUGUCACUGCUGCUGGCCGCUGCGCACGCAUGGCGCACGCUCUUCUUCCUCUGCAAGGGACACGAGGGCUCCUUCUUCUAUGCCUUCCUGAACCUCCUGGUCAGUGCCUUUGUGGUCUUCCUGGUCUUCAUCGCCAGCACCAUUGUGAGUGUGGGCUUCACCAUGUGGUGUGACACCAUCACCGAGAAGGGCUCCUCAUCCCACAGCUGCGAGGAGUUCCAGAAAAAGGACUUGGAGUUAAAUGUGGACAACUCUGCCUUCUACCAUCAGUUUGCUAUCGCCCAGUUUGGACUGUGGGCCUCCUGGCUGGCCUGGCUGGCGAUCACCACUCUGGCUUUCCUGAAGGUUUAUCACAACUACCGCCAGGAGGACCUGUUGGACAGCCUGGUUCAUGAGAAGGAGCUUCUGCUGGCCAGGCCAGCCUCCCGCACCUCCUUCCAGGGGGAGAAGAGUGCUGUCAUCUAG